AUGAUUAAAAGUUCGGAGUCUAAAACAUGUAAUAGUUCUGUUACUUCUGUUGAGGUGGAAAAUACUUACUUGGGUCAAAAAUGCGGUGAAAUUUAUAAAGAUGGCUUAUCAGUUAUGUUUCGGUGUGAAUUUUGUUUACAAAUAUUCAAACAAUUGGCUAAUUUUACAGCUCAUAUUGAGGAACACAUUGAAGCUAGCUGUUAUGCGGAUACUAGUGGUACAAACUUAAAUCAAUGUGAUGUUUCUUCAAGUCAGUGCGAUGGUAUUUCCAAAAAUUUGAAAGACGAAUGUACAUCAAAAGUUAAAUUUUCAGUUUCAUCCAAAAUUAAAUUUUCAGAUUCUGAGAAAUAUCUUCACCAAAAAGGUUGGAGAAUUGAAAAGAUAUUUCUAACUGAAAGAGAAAUGGAAAAUUACAUCAAAAAAGAAAAUACGUGGAGUUUAAAAAAGAAAUUUUACACAAAAAAAGGUUGCAAAAAAUAUUUUCGAUGUAAUAAAGUAAGAUCAAGAGGAGAAGCCUGUGCAAUGAAACUUAUGACAUUCAAAAAUAAUUACAUAAAUGAAUAUAUAUUGUAUAGAUCGAGAUCGAAUCAUUCUUGUGAAAAAAUACUUAAAAAAAAUUUGCAAGCAAUUGAUAGAAAAAUAAUGUCGUCACUUCCUAAUGAAAUCAAAAAUGAAAUAAAAAAUCAGUUUGCAAGAGGCCUUAAAAUAAAAGAAAUUAUUGAAAAUGUGGAAAUGGGUUUUGGACAAAACAAGUCACACCAAAUAAGAAAAUAUAUAAAAAUAUUGCAACUUGAACAAGAAGCGUUGUUACGAGAAGAUAUUCUUGCAAAUUGGCUUAAAUUACCAGUAAGGGAGCAAAAAAAUGAAGAAGAACCAUUUAUUGUUAAUUAUGAAGUUAAUAAUAAUAUUUUGAGAUUUUUUUUGUCCUCUCAACGUCUUUUAAAAAACAUUUUAAUGGUAAAUCAUAUAAAUCUAGUUGGAACAAAGAAAAUUACAUGGCAUCACUAUUUAGUAUAUAUAGUUGGAGCCACAAUCACAGAGAAAGAAGAGUUCUUAUGCUUUGGUAUCGCAGUCUGCAAAAGUGAUUUAGUUGAAGAUUUUGAAUUUAUAUUCCGUUCUCUUAUAAAGGCAUCGAAAACGUAUUUUCAGAUUGAUUACUCGCCGACUUAUCUUUGUAGAGAUUGCAACGAAAGUUUGGAAACUGCAUUUAAAAAUAUAUUUCCAACAAGCAAGGUAAAAAUAUGUUGGGACCAUGUAAAUAAAUCAAUCAAAAGAAAAAUGGAAGAUUUAUUACCUAAUCAAAACAAAAAGGAAAACAUAUUGUCCGGAAUUUCGUUUAUACGGAAAUCUAAAUCUGAACAUGAUUUUGAAACAAGAGCAAACAUGUUUUUGGAUGAGUGGGCAAUUUUCGUAGAAUUUACGACUUAUUUUCAUAAUAAUUGGGUUACCAAAAAUAAAAACUGGUAUGAUGGUGUAGACUUUAACUUUAUCAGUACGAACAAACCAAUUGACUUAAUUUUAAAAGAAAUAGAAGAUGAUCAUUCAUUUCGAUCGAAAAUUCCUCUUGAAAAUUUUAAGCAAAAAAUGUUUGGGUUAAUUAUAAGGUUUUCUAAUUCAAUUCCAGAAAAUAUUUUGGAGAAUUCUGGUUCAAUCAAGUUAGAAUCAGCUGAUUAUACUGUAUCUGAUGUUCAAAAUGAAAUUACUUCUAUUUUUGCCUCUGAUACUAAAAAUAUUUUACAUAAAACUCCUGAAUUAAAAAAACAUAAAAAUACAUACAAAUCACAUAUACUGCCACUUAAAAAAUUUAGUUCGAAAUCACAAAAUGAAUUGAAGCGAAAAAGUUCAGACAGAAUGUGGAAAGAGGAAACCACUUUCAGAAGUUUGGCGGAAGCUGAGAAGGCAGUAGAAAUGGAACAAACAUGGGGUUUUACCACAAAAUCAAAAUCGAAAUCUGGUAUUAAAAGGUAUUAUAGAUGUAACAGAGUUCCCUCUCGAGGCAAAAAUUGUGAGAGCGGAUUAUAUCUCUUUCUUAAAGCAGAUUCAGAGGAUGUUAUUUUGGUGCGAUCUGGACUACCGCACACGUGUCAUGAAAUUCCAUGUAGAAAUCGUGGUUUAACAGUAGAGAUAAGAGAAGAAAUCAAUCGUUUAAUUGAGUUUAACUGGAAAACGAAACAAAUAUAUGAUUACUUAAACGAAAAUAAUUUUUCCCCCAUGCCAAGUAAAGUACAGGUCAAUAACUACAUUGGAGUUUUGAGAGAACGUAAGUUUAAUGCAUCAUCUUUAAAUUUGUGUGAAAUCGAAAACUGGCUGAAAAAUAAUUCUAAAGUUCCUGAUUGCGAAAGUAAAAUGUUUGUUGUGUCGUAUGAAACUAAUAUUGAAAAAUUUAAUUUUUUUAUUUCAUCUAAAAAACUUUUACAAAAUGCUAUUGAAAUAGAAACUUUGAAUAUAGAUAGUACAAGAAAAAUUGAAUGGCUAAAAUUUCCAGUUUAUAUUUUAGCUACAACUAACAAUCAAAACAAAUGCAAAUGCUUAGGUAUAUCUGUUCUGUCUAAAGAUAGUUUAGAAAAUUUUGAAUAUAUAUUUAAAGCAAUCAAAGAUUCUUGUUAUAAAUUUUUGAAUCAGCAUAUUAAUCCUACUAUUUUAGUGACUGAUUCUAAUGCUAACAUACAAUCAGCUUUUCGGAAUGUUUUUGGUCAAUUUGUUAAAAUAAAAAUAUGUUGGGACACUGUCAAAAAAUCGGUUAAAAAAUCACUGGAAGAAUUAAAUGUUGAAAAAGAGACUAUAUUUAAUAUAAUACGAGAUUUAGAUUUGUUGCAUCGAAGUAACACUUUUGAAGAAUUUGGUGAAAAUGUUAAAAAUUUUCAAGAAAAAUGGAAAUCGCAUGUGGAUUUUUUUAUCAAGUUUUAUAAUACUUGGAUAAAGAAUAAUAAUAGUUGGUAUCAAGGAUUUAUUAAAUCAUCUUGCACCUCAAAUACAAGAUUAGAUAGUUUUGUAAAGUCUAUCAGAAAUGAUCAAAUGUAUAGGAAAAAAAUUUCUCUAUGCGAUUUUGGUAACAUUUUAGCCAAAAGCAUUGAAUGUUGGUCAUUUGAAAGCGAAAGUCGUUAUGUUUGCUGAAUAAAUAUUUAUGGUAUUCGCGUUGAACAUCUAUAUGCAUAUAUGCAUACCCCAAAUUAUUAUAUACAUAUACCAUAAUACCAACUGAAAGGUUAUCGUACU